UUGAGAGCUUGGUGACCUUCCCUGAUGUAGCCAUGAGCUUCUCCCCAGAGGAGUGGGCAUGCCUGGACGUUUCUCAGAAGAAACUCUACAAAGAUGUGAUGCUGGAGACCUACGAGGACCUGCAGGCAGUAGCAGGGUAUUUUGGGGUAAAGCCUGCGCUAAUCACCUGGUUAGAAGGAGGAGUCCUGGAGAGGCUGCCACAAAGCCUGUUUGCCGCAGAACUCAAGCCAGAAAUCCAUCCUUGUCCCUUCUCCAAUCAGAACUUCCUCAGUCAUCACAUGAAACAAAGUCAUCCCUCUUGGAUCCUCUUAGAAACAUCUGCAAGAAAGCCCCCUCAAUCAGAGACUUCCCAUCCACGUGAUCAGAACCAAUGGUGCCAGCAUUCAAAGAAUGACACAUUUGAAAGUCAAAAGCAUGAAGAAAGCUCCAUACAUUUGGCUAGUAGGAUGAAGCAUAGAAGAAAUUCAAUAGUGUUUCCUCGACUAUUGAGCAGCCAAGUAGGUAGCGCUGGUAAACAGAUGACAAUGGAGGAAGACAUUAACACAGGCCUGAAGGAAAAUCCGAAGGUAGUUUCAGAGAUAGACUUGCCAAUAAUUUCAAGAGACAAGUAUGUAAGGCCUGAGAAAGGCUUCAGUGAUGGAUCAAAUAUCAUCACACAUCAAAUGACUCACACAGGAGAGAAGCCCAUGUUUAUAGAGAGUGUGGACGAGGCUUUGGUCAGAGGUCAGUUCUUAUCAGACACCAGAGGACGCACACAGGGCAAAAGCCCCAUAUUUGCAGGGAGUGUGGGCAUAGCUUCAGUGUGA